AUGCAAUCUACUUUUCGUGCGUACGAUCCGACAACGAUCUAUUCCAAGUCGAAUGCGACCGCUUGCGAGCAGUGCUAUUCCAGGAAGGUGAAAUGCGAGCUGCGGGAUGACAAGUCGACGUGUCGGCAGUGCGCCGACCAUGGUGUAGUCUGCAAACCAAGGACCCGAAAACGUAAGGCAUCAUCUCUGGACGAGCAACACACCACGCCAUUCAAUCCGCCGUCCAACUCGAAUCCGGAACCAUCAGAUGCCUCGAGCACCACUUCUAAACGCCGCUCGAGCGUCGCGAAACCAGGCAAUGGACCGAAAAGACCGGCUCAAAGGUCCAACAGCGUCUCGGUUCCCGAGCUAUUCGUCAAUCGCGAUUCUGGUCGAGCAGGCUAUUCACCCCAAAGUUCUGAGCUGACAGAGUCCCCGUCGCAAGAUCGCUUCCGCAACGCGUCCUUCAUAUCCCGAUCAGCAAUCCUGGGUGAUGACUUUCAGGACAUCGACCAUGCGCAUCCCGAGCGAGCUGUACCGGAUGAGAAGCUGUCUUCCGUAGACAUGAAGACGUUGAAGCUGCACGGCGCAUUCGAGCUUCCGGACUUACCACUGCGCCAAAGCCUUGUUGAGGCCUAUGUCGAGCGGUGCUACACAUGGAUGCCGGUCAUAGAUCUUGCGACAUUUACUGGAGCGACACAGGCUGCAGACAGCUCUCUAUUGCUCUUACAAGCUGUGAUUCUGGUUGGUGCAUUGAUGCGGCCGGAUGAGACCGAGAAGUUACAAGCUGACAAUCAGAAGCGCACGAAAGCUUUAAUACUAUCAGGGUACGAGAGGCAUCCUCUGAACGUACUUGCCGCGUUGUGUCUCGUGCAAUGGUACACGCCAACUGCGCCAAAGGAUGUAUCCACGGAUGUCCCAAGAUUCUGGAACACGUAUGCUGUAGGGCUCGCACAGCAAAUGGGUCUUCAGCGUCAACCGGCCUCGCAAGUAGUCAAUCUGGGACUACGUAAUCGCAUAUGGUGGACCAUGGUCGCUCGAGACAAUCUGACUGCAUCAGCACAUGGACGACCUCGAAUCAUACAGCCAGAGGAUUGCACGGGGCCUCUGCCCUCGGUCAUGGAUUUUCCUUCUCCACCUGAUCUUCGAGCCGAGAUCUUCGUCAACUAUAUCGGUGUCACCCGGAUACUCGGCGACCUGUGCCAAUGCAUCACACGCAAGGGCGAAGCUAGCUUGACUGACAAGCAGGACAUUGCGCUACGGCUCAGCCUCUAUCUGCAGAACCUUCCGGAGCAUCUCCGACUAUACGGUCCCAGUGGACUCGCUCAGUCGUACAGCCUUGACAUCGCACAGCUUCACAUCCCGAUCUUGAUGACCAUCACCAUACUUUUCAGGCCACGAACCGUGUAUCAACUCACCGCGGCCAAUGCCGGCUCUGCAACUGCCGCUUUCCUCAGCUACCGCAUCUUCCAGGCGAUACAAUUUCGAGAACAGACGCGGUAUCUGAGCUCUGCCUUCGCAUGGCAUCUCCUUGUCACUGCAAUACCUCUUCUCUCGUGCACCAAAGUCCCGACCCUCGGCAACGAAGCGAACGAAGCACUUGACGCUGUGGAGAGCGUCCUGGAAACACUAGGCAGAGUACGACCUGCUGCUGCGAACAACUUGAGAAGCGUCAAAGCCAUCCGCAAAGCAAUGACGGCCAAACCGACCAGCGCCACAAAUCCGAGCAACGCCGGCAACAGCGAUCCGGACGCUACUUUGCUACAACUAGGCUACCAGCUUCUCCAAACCUACGGCCUGGAGUCCGUCCAGCAGUACGAGCAGAUCACCGAUAUUCUUCGUGAGCACCAUCAAGGCCAGGCUGAACGCAGCGCUCAAGCGGCUGCUCAUACGUUAAGUCGACUGAGUGGGCGGCCUGAUGCCAACUUCACUGUCAACGGGCGUUUGACACCGGAGCCAGAGACUUACCAACCGCCUGCGGUGGCGGAACAGGAUAUGCAGAAUGCUUUCACGGCGAUCUUCGAGGACGACACGUUGAGCACUUCGUGGAUGAUGAGGGAUUGGUUGGAUGAGCUGCAACUGUGA